GCGGGACAGGGAAGGCUGGGGGUGGGUUGGGGAUAAUGACCAGAGGGUCGGGACUCCUGUCUGCAGGAAGGAGGCAGGAGGUGGAGGCACUGAGCAAAGGGAGAGGCUAGGGCUGCUGGGGGCCAGGGCCUGUUCUUAUGAUCCUUGAUGCCUCUCGGCUGCCGGAGCUGACAGAAGGUGGGAAGAUGUGCUGAGCCCAGGAACAGGGGCAGAACUGGGUGGGUGAGAGGCCAGGGGUCAGGCUGGAGAUGAGGGAGGGGCUGGGCCUGAGGUCAGGCCUAGAAGGAACAGGAUGUCUGUGUCAGGGAUGAAGGGAGAGAACAGGGCCAGAAACCAGCUCCUCCCCACCUGGCCCUGUCCCCGGAGCCCCUCCCUGCCCUGCCAGCUUCAGCUCCUCCCAGGGGCCCAGACACCAGAUCCCUUCGCAAUGCUGGUGGUCAGUGGCCCAGAGCCCUUGUUCUGCCUUCUCCUCCUCCUGCUCCUGGGCCCCUACAGCUCUGCGGGGGCCAGUCCUCCUCACAGAAGGUUUGAGUACAAGCUCAGCUUCAAAGGACCAAGACUGGCGUUGCCUGGGGCAGGAAUACCCUUCUGGAGUCAUCAUGGAGAUGCCAUGCUGGGCCCGGAAGAAGUGCGGCUGGUCCCGUCCAUGCAGAACCGCAGUGGCGCCGUGUGGAGCAGGGUCCCUGUCCUCUUCUCUGCCUGGGAGGUGGAGAUGCAGAUGCGGGUGACUGGGCCAGGGCACCAGGGAGCCAGGGGCAUGGCCGUGUGGUACACCCGGGACAGGGGCCAAGUAGGCUCCGUCCCGGAGGGGCCAACCUCGUGGGAUGGCAUCGGGAUCCUCUUCGACUCCUCAGCUGAGGACAGCCAGAACAGCCCCGCCGUCCGUGUGCUGGCCAGCGAUGGACACACUCGCUAUGAGGCACGUGGGGACGGAGCUGGCAGCGAGCUGGGCGCCUGCCACUGGGAUUUCCGCAACCUACCAUACCCCUUCAGAGUACGGAUCACCUACUGGGGGCAGCGGCUGCGCGUGUCCCUGAACAGUGGCCUCACUCCCAGUGACCUAGAGAAGGUCUGCGUGGACACAGGGCCCCUGCUCUUGGCUCCUGGAGGUUUCUUUGGGGUCUCGGCAGCCACCAGCUCCCUGGCAGAUGACCAUGACAUCCUGUCCUUCCUGACCUUCAGUCUGAGUGAGCCGGGUUUGAAGCCUCCCCCCCAGCCCUUUCUGGAGAUGGAGGAGCUCCGGCUGGUGAGGCAGCUGGAAGGGCUUUGGGCAAGGCUGGCCCUGGGCACCAAGAAGCAUGUGAUUCCACAGCAGAGCUCUGAACUCCAGGAAGAGGGGGAAAGAAGCUUUGUGCUGGCAGAGACGCUGGGCAGACACCGCCAGACCCUGCAGGCUCUCCAGGGUCUAUCUGAACAGCUGGCCCAGGCUGAGAGACAAUGGAAGAAGCAGCUGGAGUCCCUAGGCCGCGCCAGGCCUAUGGGAGCCUGGGCCCAGAGCUCCUCCUGCCAGAGUCUAUCCACCCCAGAGAGGGGAGGUCACUUCUCCAGGCCACACAGCAAGACAGAGGCCCAAGUCAGCACCUUGCUCCAUGGACAGAGGACUCUUCUCCAGGACCUGCAAGAGAUGAGGGAUGCAGCUGCCCACGUGGCCUCAAGAGCCCAGCUCUUCUAUCUGCCGGUAGGCACCAAGCAUCAUUUCUUAGAGCUGGCCCAGAUCCUGAGCCUCCUGCAGAAGGAACUUCAGGGCCCAUUGAAAGCAGCAGCCAAGAACCCUCGCCCACCUGGCCAACUCCCAGGGACCUCCUCGUGCCUGCGGCCCAGAAUGUUCUUGUUCUUCCUCCUCAUUCAGACUGUUGGCUUCUUCUGUUAUGUGCACUUCAGGCAGGAGCUGGACAAGAGCCUUUGGGACUGUUUGUCCACAGGCAGACCUCUGUGUCCUGCACCACGAAACCCUGGGGCCCUGGGGGUUCUGAGGAGGCAGCCUCUCUCCCUCAGCGUUCAUGCAAGACUCACCUGAAAGCCCUGAAGGAGGGGGUAGUGUCUGGGGGUAAAGAGCUUAGUCAGUAUUCUCUACUUUGGGUGCCCAGCUCCUGCUCACACCUUACUUUUGGCAAGCGCCAGUCUUAUUAAAGGUGAUUUACAUCUC